AGAACAUGAGAGAGAGAGAGAGAGAGAGAGAGAGCAAGUGAGAAUUAGAGGGCGAGAGAGCAAGUGCAUGAGAAAGACAGAGAUAGACUGAGAGUGAGAUAAAUUAGCAUGGUGGCUUAGAAAGCCAGAUCCAGAAAGCCAGAGAGAGGAAGGGAGAGAGAGAAAGAGGCAUUUUAGUAAAUACCGUAGAAAGAUACAGCAGACAGACAGACAGACAGACAGACAGACAGACAGACAGACAGACAGACAGUGUGGUGGUGUGUUUGUUCCUGGACGGUGUUGGUCCGGUCUUGGCACAGUGGAAAUACUGGACUGGACUGGACUGGACUGUGCUGGUGCUUCGGCUUGGUGCUUGAGCUCGGAGUGGACCGGUCUGGAUUGCCUAGCGUAGGCUGUUGCUAGACUGUGGUGGUGUAGUCUUGGCACCGCGUGAGAGGAGUGCUACUGGACUGGACCGGGGUUCUGGGGCUUUUGGUUCGGUGCUUGAGCUGGGAGUGGACCGGUCUGGAUUGCCACAGCGUGAGGAGGGUGUUACUGGACUGGGGCGGUCUAGUCUUGGACACAGCGUGAGAGGAGUGCUACUGGACUGGACCGGGGUUCUGGUGCUUCGGCUCGGUGCUUGAGCUCGGAGUGGACCGGUCUGGAUUGCCUAACUUAGGCUGUUACUGGACUGUGGCGGUCCAGUCUUGGCACCGCGUGAGAGGAGUGUUACUGGACUGGACCGGGGUGUUCUGGUGCUUCGGCUCGGUGGACCGGUCUGGAUUGCCUAGCGUAGGGUGGCAUGGGGAACUGUGGCCUGGGGAUGGGCAACUGCGGCUGGUGUGAAUCCCAGGGUGACUCGGGCCAUGAACUGGUCCUAGUGCACCACAAGCUGGCCUGGCCCAGGAAGGACCGAACCAUCAUGGGGAUGGACAGCCAUAACCAAAGAUCCACCACCUACUGGCACCCUGUGACGGGACAGCUCUCCCCCGAAAACGCAGAGUUCCUGCUACAAGACCUCCCCCCGGUGACAGUGCGCAUGUCCGCUCUGCAGCCCCCCCAGACUGACCCCCAGCCCCCCCCUGACGAGCCCUCCCAGGCCCCCUGCGAGCCACCCUGCGACGCCACACAGCACGGGGCCCCCGCCACGGCCAACCACACACACAAGAGCCACCGGUCGUCCAGUCGAGUGUACAGCUUUGGCAAGCGGGAGCAGUCCAUCAAGAGGAACCCAAACGUGCCGGUGGUGGUACGGGGAUGGCUCUACAAACAGGACAGCUCUGGGUUGCGUCUGUGGAAGCGGAAGUGGUUCGUGUUGGCUGAUUACUGCCUGUUUUACUAUAAAGACAGCAGAGAGGAGGCGGUGUUGGGUUCCAUUCCUCUUCCCAGCUACGUCAUCGCCCCUGUGGAUGCUGAUGACCACAUCAGCCGCAAGUUUGCCUUCAAGGCCAGCCACACGGGCAUGCGCUCCUACAUCUACAGCAGGAGCUCUCUGAUUGGUUCCCAGGCGGAGCAUGGGGGGGGCAUGAGGACGUACUACUUCAGUGCGGACACACAAGAGGAUAUGAGCGGCUGGAUCAGAGCCAUGAACCAGGCAGCUCUCAUGCAGACCCCAAACAACCACGGAGUCAGAGUGUCAGAGAAUCUGGAGAAGAGCGAGUACCCAAUCACGGCGGAGCUGGACGAGCCCGACAGGAAGUCCGCCGAGCCGCAGACCAAUCACGUCACCGUCAGACCCCUGGAGCCCGCCUCCAUGGAACUGGAGCUGGAGGCUCCGGCCAACGGCCCGCUGCUGCACAUGGACCCAGACAUGGAGCUGGCCAGCCAGGAAGUAGAUCCCCUGGAGGUGCCCUCAGAAGAGGAUGCUGGGAAGGUCUUCACCAGCCGUCACCACAUCACAGCCAACGAGGAGGAGGUGUUCAUGACCGCUGCCUCGGACUCUCGGCCCCCGUCGCGGGCCCCCUCCAGGGGUCCGUCUCGCGGCGCCUCCUCGUCCCGGGGGCCCCCCUCCUCGCGCUGCUCCUCCACGCUCCUCAACGGCUCGCUGCCGGAGGUGAACGGCAUCGCAGGGGCGGUGGAGGAGGUGCGUGCGGCCAGGGGGGCGGUGCCGGUGGGGGUGGGGGUGGAGGAGGUGGCCCCCCGCGUGUCACGGGGACCCACCCCGAGGCUGGAGGGGGGCGUGGAGGCGCGGAGGAAGAGCACCCUGGAGCAGGUGGAGCACUGGGUCAAGGUGCAGAAGGACGAGCAGAGGGCGACUCUGACGCGCCGGCCCAAGUCCACUCAGCCCGUCACCACGGUGGUGGAGGUGUACCACGCCAACCCAGCGCAGUCCUACCACCCCGCCAACCCCCCCCAGCCCCAUGCGUAUGGCCCCAACGCGGCCCGGUCCUACCAGACGCUGCCCAAGACGCCGCCCAGCCAGCGCCACCUGCUGCCCAGCGACUACAAGUACGCCCACGACCGCCUCAGCCACUUCCGGCUGACGCACGGCCACCCUCCGGCUGAGCGGGCGGGCAAGGACAACACGGUGUGGCGGCUGUACGAGUGGCAGCAGCGGCAGCGGUACCGGCACGCCAGCCCCACCGCGCCGCUCUACAACCCCAGCGCCCCCGCGCCCCUCUACAACCCCAGCCCUGACUACCCCGGCCCCCGCCUGGGGUACCACCCCUCCCACGACACCAGGGACAAACCCCGGUCGAUCCCGAUGCCUCCCUCGCUCGCGGACAUCCCACCUCCCGGACCCCCCCGCACCCGCCACACCUCCCCGCGUCGGCCCCACACCCCGGCGGACCGGGUCACCGUGCGGCCCCUGGACCAGAGGCCCGUAGUGGAGGUACCGCCCUCCGUCUCCCCGCGCAGACACCACAACCACAAGUCGGCUACAGUGGACAGACGCUCAAUGCCACCGUCGGGUUACAUAACCCACACAGUGAGCGCGCCCAGCCUCUAUGGCAAGACGAUAUGUAAAAGACCCUCUGAUGAAGACGGAAGUUAUACAGUCGAAACAUGCCAGGCGGAUGACACCUAUGUGCAGCUGAAGAAAGACUUGGAAUACCUGGACCUAAAGGUGGUCGGCACGGAAACGCUGACGGGACGCUCGGGGAAAGCCGUGAAGGUCGCAGAGAGUGACGUGGACGUUCAACUGAGCAGACUGUGUGAACAAGACAAAAUCCUGCAGGAGCUUCAGGGCAAAAUCAGCGCACUGAAGGAGGACAAGGAUAAGUUGGAGUCUGUGCUGGACAUGUCUCGCCAGCAGAUGGAGCAGUACAAGGAGCAGCCGUCUCACGCGGACAAGAUCGCCUGCCAGCAGAGACUCCUACAGGAGGACGUGGUGCACAUACGCGCAGAGAUCUCCUGGGCCACCUCGGAGAUGGAGCGCUCAUGGCUGGAGUACUGCAGGCAGGAGGAGUGUGUGUUACAGCUACAGGAGGCUCUACAGGGGCACAUGGAGCUCACAGCUGACUCACACGAGAGAAGCCAAAUGAAGAGGGAGUUGUGGAGGAUUGAAGAUGUCAUGGCGGGCCUCAGCACCAAUAAAGCCAACUACAAAAUCACCAUCAACUCCGUGCAGAAUCCCGAGCGUAAGCUGGCCCCCUCAGUGCCUGAGUCCACCGUGCCUUCUCGCUGCGUGACCCCCGCCCUGGGGGAGAGGUCAUCCAGAAGCAGCCCCACCCCCCCGGACAGCAACCCCCCCUCGCAGUGGCAGCCACCCCCACCAAACACUUCAGUGCCAACAUGGGACGAGGAGCACGCCCCCCCGCGCCCACCCCUGCCUUUGCUCUACGACAGCGAGGAGACCCCCCCGGCCGUGCCCCCCCUCCCCAGGGAGGCCACCGGCGUCAUCAGACACACGUCGGUACGCGGCCUGAAGCGCCAGUCGGACGGCAGGAAGAGGGACCGCGAGGGCCACUACCCCUUCGACAACAAGGUGGAGCUGAGGUCGUACCUGAGUGAGCCGGAGCUGGCUGCAGGCCUGCAGGUGCAUGGAGAGGAGGACGGCCUCCAGACACUGACCAGCAGAGUCCUAUCUGGCUCGUCCUCCAGGAUACACCAGACGAGCCACGUCUCCUCCUUCGUGACGAUGAGGAAAGGCAGCGACUUCAGAGGAGUUGUACAGGAGAGACCAAAGAGUGCCUUGGAGAGGCUGUACGGUGCCGAGCCCCAGGAGGUGGAUGGCCAGCCUCAGCAGCCUCCGCAGCCCCAGCAGACGGCCGCGCGGAGCCGCAUGAGCGCCGAGGAGCAGCUGGAGCGUAUGAAGCGCCACCAGAGGGCGCUGGUCAGAGAGCGGAAACGCAACCUCAGCCAGGGCGAUCGCCUGUCCAACGUCUCCACCUCCACCGCCGCCGCCACCACUGCCAUCGCCGUAGCGACGCGCCCCCUGACCUCUGACCCCUCAGUCGCACAAAAUAAGGAGCAGGAUUUGGAUUCACAGCUGGCCGACGGAACAGUACCAGCGGAGGAGGAGCAGCAGAUUGCACCAGGGAGAGCCAGCCGUGACAUCACCGAGCCCAGCCGUGACAUCACCGAGCCACCCAGCCAACCCAGGGCCGGGGACAGUGAUGGGGAGUGGCUUACGGUGCUGGCUGUACCAAUGAAGCAUCAGGACAUCGAGCCGGUGGACUUCGAGUUUGACAUCAGCAGAGAGCUGGCUCCUCCCCCUAAGGUGCCGAUCCCCAGGCGCUAUGUGGAUCUGGAGGAAGAGAGUCUGACUACAGAGGAGCUGGAGGAACGCCAGGCCAAAGCAGAGAAGAUCAAGAACCUCCUCGCCAAGUCCAGUGGCCAAGGCAUCUCGUCUGGUCCCAGCAUGGACACAUCGGACCUGGACUCCGCCCUGCAGCAGAGGGAGAGGAUUGUGGGUAUUCCACGCGCACUGGCAUCAGAGGCCUCCAUUAAGAUCAAGCAGGCAGCAGCAGCCCGAGCAUCCCUUGGACAAUGAGGUUUAUGGCGUGGACUACUCCCCAAGAUCCAGCUUUUAAAAUCAAUAUCAAGUAUUUAAUGUCACCACUAAUGUUUUUUUAUUUAUGACCCACGAGUAUUUUUUUUUAGAUAGGACAUGUGUAAUUUAACCUUUAUCCUGUUGGAAGGCCAAUACAUCUGCUUUGCUAUUUUGUUAAUACGGCAUGCUGGUUUGUUCUGCACUUGUGAUUGUACAUGUUUGACCCGAAAAACAGAGAAAAAAACAAACUUCACUUAUACCUUUGAAUGUGACUUUGUCUGGUCUAGUUUUCACACAUCUCUUAAGGAAUCUGUCAUCUUAGUUUGGAAAAGGCAUCUUUUUUUAUACAGUGACUAAAACGUGUACAGUGUAAACUACAUUCUGAGCACUUUUAAUUCUACUGCAAAGUAAUAUUUUGCUUCUGGUAUUUCGUAUGAAUUAAAUGCCAUGGUCCAACA